AUGCUCCGUGAGGUCGGCCUGCUCCUCUUGCUCGCCUUCUCCGCGUGGUCGAUCGUCCGUUACCUCUUUGCGGACGGCGGCCCGGCCGUCUUUGACUACAUCGUGGUCGGCGGCGGCUCGACCGGCGCGGUGGUUGCGGGCCGGCUGGGCGAGGCUGGCUACUCGGUGCUCGUGCUCGAGGCGGGAGGCUCGACGCAGAUCUCGCUCGGCGGCGACGCGGAGCCCGUGGCUGGCAAGUGGACCAUCUUCGAUGUGCCGCUCGGCUGGGUGCAGGUGCUCUCUGAUCACCGCUGGUCCAAGGAGUUCCAGUGGGUGGUGCCCGCCGACCCGCCGCCCGCCAUCGCGCGCGGGCUGGGCGGCUGCGGCAUCCACAACGCCAUGCUCUACAUGCGCGGCCGGCCUGCCGACUUUGCCGAGUGGGGAGCCGGCUGGUCGUGGGACGACGUGCUCCCCUUCUACAAGCGCUCCGAAGACAACGAGCAGUUCGGCACCUCUCCGCUGCACGGCACCGGCGGGCCGGCCUUCUCCACCGCCGGCCUCCCCCACGUCGAGGACUUCAACGGCCCGGACCGCAUCGGGCGCGUGGUCGGUGUCGAGUACGUUCGCGGCCGCGCCCCGACCGACAAGGCGAAGAGGCUGCGCGCGAUGGCUCGGCACGAGGCGGAGGAGGACCAGCCGCACGCAGACUAUUGCGCGCAGCAGCGCGCCAUGUACGCCGCAGGCCAGCACCUCCAGCUCGUGCCUCGCCUCUGCUCCUGGUGGCAUAUACAUACCACACCGGCCCAACCCGUCACUCGCCGCAUCGGCCACCGGUCAAACUCGUCGCUCGGUUCGCCCGGCAUGUCGGUUGGCGCCUUCCUCCGCUCUCCCUACGCCAAAGGCCCGGAGCCCGACCUGCAGCUGACCGUGCACCCUUGGGACAAGUUCUCGCGCCCGUGGUCCAAGCGGCUCGUCGGAGUGCGCCGUAUCGCAGGCCUCGAGCCGAUGGCGCAGGAGGAGAUCCUGCCCGGCAAGCACGCGGUGAGCGACGCGCAGCUCUUCGACGCCAUCGCCUGCGGCCCCGCCCAGUUCCGCACGCUCGGCCGGCCAGCGUGCGACCGCUCCGAGCUGCCCGUCAACCACCUCGCCGGCACUGCGCGGCUGGGCGACCCCUCCGACCCGCGCGCCGUCGUCGACCGGUACUUGCGCGUCAUCGGCGUCCACGGGCUGAGAGUGGCCGACGCGUCAGUGAUGCCUGCGCCGCCGAGCGGCAACACGCACGCGACGUGCGUCAUGAUCGGAGAGAGAGCGGCGCAGUUUAUCAUCGACGAGCGGCAGAGCAGGAGACGGAGCUGA